UCAAAAACAAAGUAUAGACAAACAAAAACUAUCCCAAAAUGUUUCGUAUACAAAAAUUGCUGCUUGAAGAAUUUCGUGAAAUCUACGAGCCUGUCAUUGUGGAGAAUCCAUUCACGCAGGUGACCGAAGAUGGGCAGGGUAUAAGGCAGUACCACAUAGGUCUCACACCUUCAAAAAUCAUCUUUGGAUGUGACGAUUUCGAUUUGACGGAUCGGGAUUAUUAUGGCUGGCAAAAUAUGGAUCCGGAAAUCGAAACAUUUGAAUUGGUCAGCUUGUUGCCACUGCAGUUUUUACUAGUGAAAUUCUUUCGCAAACAGGGACGUUACAUUAUGCGCCUGUGCAUUGUGGGUGAUGAGGACAAGCCGAUGUUUUUUGAAUUUGGUGGGCACUUGUAUAAGAAUUUAUUCUGGAAUACUUGGCGUGAACGAAUCGCCACAAUACGAUUAUCGCAGCCUUUGCUCUUUAACAUAUCUGGCUGUAGUCCAUUUUCAAGCACAGAUGUGUUGAUUGAGGAUGAGGAGGUACAAGCGCUAGUCCAUUCUGAGCCACGUUCAGUGACUAGUUUUUGCGCGAGCUAUAGCUACCAGUGA